AUGGCGAUGCUCGCCCCCAAAACGCCCUUUGCCGGCUCGCUCGGCUCUGGCGCGGCCAUCGUCCCCAGUGCCCAGUCCUCCAACAUGGCUCCCCCAAGGAGAGCUCCGACUCUGCCGACACCCAGCGCCAAUCUCGCAAGCCCGACACAGUCCGAGUUUUCCGACGGCGAUAGCCCCGAUGCAGUCAAGAACUGGGGCGUCGACCAAGUCUGCGAUUAUCUUCGAACUGUCAAGUGCGGAGAGUACGAGAAGAUUUUUAGGAAAAACCACAUCAAUGGAGAGAACCUCCUCGAGAUGGACAAAGAGGUCCUAAAGGAGAUGGGCAUCGAGAAGGUCGGCGAUCGCGUUCGCUUGUUCCUCGGCAUUAAGAAGCUGAGGACGCGCGCCUACGCCAACCAGAAGAAACGCAAUAGGGAUUCCUUCGGCGGACUUGAUAUCCAGUAUAUCCCGAGUAGCGGCUCGCCUCGCCCCGGUCGAAACAUGGGCCCUUCCAGCCGACAACCAUACGGCUCAAGGCCGUACGAUGGCUCGAUGGAUAUUGCGAGAUCCGAAUCCCCGUCUUACACUGCGGACCCUCGACGGCAGCGUCUCAACCAUGGGGCCUCGAGACACCCCGGCUCGCCUGCCGAGCCGCAGUCGGCGCGUCUGGUAACUAGCCAUACCAGGAAUAACUCCAGUAUGGAUGGUUCACUGAUGGCUGGCUUACCACAGGGUCAAGACGUCAUCCGCGUAAUUUGCACGAACGGUGUGACCAAGGUAGUCAAGAUCGCCGACUGCAGCACCUGCGAGGAAGUGAUGCGAGUCACGUUACGAAAAUUCGCUCUCCGCGAAGACCACGAAAGAAAUUACUGCUUCUGGGUCUUGGAUGGCCUCGAGCCCGACCCUCACUCGUGCCGGCGGCUGGGCGAUACCGAACUUUGGCGCAUAAUAAAAGACCAGAAGCGUCUCGAGAGGAACCGCCUCAUCUUACGACGGGUGCCCGCCGGCGCACCCGGUGACGCGGAGCUCCAGCGCGCUGCGGCCAUCGCCAUGGAGGAGGCACAGCAAACCCGCGCGCGUGCGCUCGAGAACACGGACAAACGCAGCCAGGUAAAGUUGCAGAAACUCUUGGGCGAGGGUUGGGACGAAGGCCUUCGUCAACCUGGCUCAGCAGGCCGUGGUGGGUAUUCGUCGUCUAGCGCCCAGGGUUAUGACCAUUCCCCUGUGGAGGAGAGUCGGCCAAGGGCCAGGAACCGCCUUCUACGGCAGUUUGGCGGGCUUCGUCCGCCCAGCGAGCUCAUCACGUCUGAUCUUACCUCGUAUUUCCCCGACCAUCCUCGCGAGGACAUUGACCGCACGGCUCGCAUGUCACUACGCCGAUCGACGCGCCUUAGCCGACAUCCAGGACGCGCCCCCAUCCCCACGAUUGCAGACUCGUGGUUGAAUGCAACAAAUCAGUCCAAAAACCGCCCUCAGAAUGCCAUGGGCCGUCUGCAGUUCCGCGACUCGGUAGCAUCGUCGAUGCUCGAUACCCUUCAGGAAGAGUCUCCUAUUGACUCGACGCGCAAGUCGUUCACCUCAUUCGCCGACAGCAGCUCAGAUGGAGCCAGCCUCAGCGUGACGGACCCCGAAGGGAACACUGUCAUGCGCCGCGGGUUCUUCGACGGCAGUGCUGACUCGACGGGAUCGGGCUCCUUCCAAGACAUCAAAGAAGCGCUCAACGAGGACGGAGAGGAUGUGGAUGAGGAGCUGCAGAGCUUCCUUGCGGGCGAGUCCUGGGACGACAACAAGUGGAUGAAGGGCGCUCUGAUUGGGCAAGGUUCGUUUGGUAGUGUGUACCUCGCCCUCCACGCCAUCACUGGCGAGCUGCUCGCUGUGAAGCAGGUAGAGACGCCCGCGCCAGGCGCCAACAGCCAGAACGACAACCGCAAGAAGAGCAUGAUUGAAGCCCUGAAGCGCGAAAUUAGCCUUUGCGGGAUCUCAAGCACCCCAACAUUGUGCACGCUGCCAGAGCCGCUCGUGCGGUCGUUCGUACGACAGAUCAUCACGGGAUUGUCGUACCUUCACGGUCAGGAUAUCAUCCAUCGAGACAUCAAGGGUGCCAACAUUCUUGUGGAUAAUAAGGGCACCAUCAAGAUUUCCGAUUUCGGCAUCUCCAAGAAGCUGGAGGCUUCCAACAUACUCAGCGGUGCUAAUAACAACAAGCACCGACCUUCGUUGCAAGGAUCCGUCUUCUGGAUGGCGCCCGAGGUGGUGAAGCAAACGUCGCACACACGCAAGGCAGACAUCUGGUCUCUCGGGUGCCUGGUUGUGGAGAUGAUGACGGGUACGCAUCCGUUCCCCGACUGCACGCAGCUUCAGGCCAUCUUUAAGAUUGGCGGGGCCAAGGCGAGCCCGACGAUUCCCGAGCACGCCAGCCAAGAGGCCAAGGACUUUUUAGCCAUGACGUUUGAGAUGGAUCAUGAGAAGCGUCCCGGCGCGGAUGAGCUCAUGCUCAGCCCCUUUUGGUUCCCAUUACUUGAUCUCGACAUAUUGUCUGGUCUAAACGGGCGUGAAGUCGGGUCGGGGGCAAACAGAGAAUCCGCCCACUCUGAGCUUCGGCUCAUGCGCGCGCGCGCCCUUCUUCCCCACCCUUGCUCGUUGUCUCCCUUCUUCUCUUCACCUUGCUUCUACGAUUUCCUCCACCCUAGAGAACUUUACAACUUGGCAACUGCAUGA